CUGACCGCAGGUCAAGCGUGGUUAUGAUUAAUAACAGCGGACAGUUUACCAAGGCAUACCUGGUACUUGACGUACAAACAGGGUUACUCAAGAGCUGCACUCGUCCCUUCUCCUCUGAACUGGCCAUUUUCCGUACCUAGGUAGGGUGGUCUAUCGCGAAGAGUCCGCAUACCUCCAGAAUUGAUUUUAACUCCGACUCAACUCUCUGUAACCUCAAAGCCCGCGAGUCAACACCCACCUAGGGACCAUAGCAGCUGUUGGCAAGUCAAGGUGCCCAUCAUGCACUCAGCACAGGUUCAAAGAAUCCAAAAGGAUUAUCCAUGGGUGCAGACGCCGUUGGUGGUGCAGGCACCACUGAGAUUGAUUACGUUUGCAGAGAUUGCGGUGGAGGUGUCGAAGGCCGGAGGCAUCGGCUUCGUCGCCGCCGGGACCGACCCGUCUCACCUCGACAGUGACCUCCAAACGGCUUCGUCUCUCGUCUCCACGCACACCCCACCCGUUCCUACGGCUUCCUCCCCAGCAGGCCCUCUCCUCCCCCUCGGCGUCGGCUUCAUAGUCUGGGGCUGCUCUCUCUCCGUCUCGCUGGCUGCUAUCCAGAAACAUCGCCCUGCAGCAGCAUGGCUCUUCGCUCCCUCUUCAGCGGCGCAGCUCAGAGAAUGGAGCCAGGAGAUUCGCCGAGUUUCACCUCAGACGAAGAUCUGGGUUCAGGUCGGGAGUGUCGCCGAUGCAAUGGCGUUCCUUGAGGCAGCGGAGCCGGAUGUCCUCGUUCUGCAGGGGACAGAUGCUGGUGGUCACGGGCUUGUUCGAGGCGCAAGUGUCAUCUCGCUCGUUCCUGAGGUUGUGGAUGCGGUGGAUUCGUACUUCAACGACCGUCCUGCAGCUGAUCAGCAGUUUGGGAAACCGCUCAUCGUCGCCGCCGGCGGUAUCACAGAGUCCCGCAGCGCUGCCGCUGCCCUCGUGCUCGGCGCCCAAGGCAUCGCCAUGGGAACGCGGUUCCUCGCCAGCCACGAAGUACACAUCGCGCGCGGAUACCAGGAGGACGUGCUCCGCGCGACGGAUGGCGGACAGUCCACCGGGCGCACCAAACUCUACGACGCGCUCCGUGGGACUGUGUGGAUGGAUACGUAUAACGGGCGUGGCAUUCUGAACAAGACGUUUACCGAUGCGGAGAGCGGAAUGGAUGAGCAGGAGAAUAAGAGGUUGUACGAGGAGAGUUUGAAGAAGGGGGAUAUGGGCUGGGGCCCGGAGGGUAGGUUGACGGCAUAUGCGGGGAGUGGGGUGGGUUUGGUGAAGGAGGUCAAGGGGGCGGGGGAGAUUGUGGAGGAGAUUCGAAGAGGAGUUGCAAAGGUCUUGGGAGGGGUGGGUGGAAGGGAACGAGGAGGGACGUAAUUUGUAGGUGAUGCAUACCUAGGUAAUUGUGGAGUAGUGAAAUUAUGAAACGAGAGU